AAUGAAUCGAGGGUUGAUACUAAGGUUUGAAAAUCUGGUCCAGUUACGUGGUGCUUGCCGGCAGCUGCGUACUCUCUCCUACAGAAAAGUUAACAGAGCACAAUGGAAGCCUGUGCAGUUAUCUGCGCAUCCCAUGUGGUCCGUUCUGUAUCCACAGCUCUGGCAAAAAGACAAAGUAAUCAGUAUUGCCUUAUCACAACACAGACAUCUAGCUACAAAGGAGGAGACAAAAAAGAAGAGAAAGAAGAUACCGCUGACAAGAGGUGAAGUGGAGAUAAGGCAGAAGAUGACUAUUGAGGAACUUGCACGAGCUAUGGGUAAAGACAUAGAUCAUAUUUAUGAAGCGCUGCUAUACACAGACAUUGACCUUGAUUCACUAGAACCAGAUUCCAUCUUACAUGAAGACCAUAUCAAGCUAGUUGUUAAAAAAUCAGGAAUGAAGUAUAAAUCAGCAAAACUGAAAGAGGAAAAAGAAAGAGAAAACACAGAUGCUGUGAAAAGGCCUCCCGCAGACCCAGCAGUACUAACUCCACGGCCCCCCGUUGUUACUAUCUUGGGUCACGUUGAUCAUGGGAAAACGACCUUACUUGACAGUCUACGAAAAACUCAAGUGGCAUCAAUGGAAGCAGGAGGCAUUACACAACACAUUGGUGCUUUUCUUGUGCAUUUGCCUUCUGGGGAAAAGAUAACUUUUCUUGAUACUCCUGGACAUGCAGCUUUCUCAGCCAUGAGAGCAAGAGGUACCCAUGUUACUGACAUUGUCAUACUGGUUGUAGCAGCAGAAGAUGGAGUGAUGCAACAAACUAUAGAAUCCAUUCAACAUGCUAAAAACGCAGGAGUUCCCCUUAUCCUCGCCAUUAAUAAAUGUGACAAACCUGAAGCAGAUCCUGAAAGAGUAAAGAAAGAAUUGCUGGCUCACGAUGUGGUCUGUGAAGAGUUUGGGGGUGAUGUUCAAGCUGUAAAUAUUUCUGCACUCAAGGGUGAAAACCUGAUGGUUUUAGCAGAAGCAACUGUUGCUUUAGCAGAGAUGUUAGAACUGAAGGCGGAUUCCACAGGUCUGGUAGAGGGGACCGUAAUUGAGUCUCGCAAAGACAAAGGGAAAGGUCCAGUUACCACAGCCAUCAUCCAAAGAGGAACUCUGAGAAAAGGCUGUGUUCUGGUUGCAGGGAAGACCUGGGCAAAAGUGCGUUUCAUGUUUGAUGAGAACGGCAAAGCUGUAGAUGCAGCCUCUCCAGGCAUCCCGGUGGAAAUCAUGGGCUGGAAGGAAGUCCCUUCAGCUGGAGAUGAAAUCCUUGAAGUGGAGUCUGAGCAAAGGGCGCAUGAAGUUGUGGCUUGGAGAACCUAUGUGGAACAACAGGAGAGGAUAAAAAGGGAUGUGGAAGUUAUUGAAGCAAAGCAAAAGGAACACAGGAUGGAAUAUGAGAAGAAGCAAGAGAAGCUAGCCCAUCUCACCUGGAGACAGAAGAAGGCGGUGCUGUACAAGGCCAAUAAGCAUCUAAUGUUUUCCAAGCCUAAAGAGAGAACAGAGAUGGACAAAAAUGUGCUAUCGGUAAUUGUUAAAGGUGAUGUGGAUGGAUCUGUUGAAGCUAUUCUGAACAUUCUGGACAGCUAUGAUGCUGAUGAUGAAUGUAAAUUGGAUAUCAUUCAUUUUGGAAUGGGAGAUAUCAGUGAAACUGAUAUAAGUCUUGCUGAAGCGUUUAAUGGUGUUGUAUUUGGAUUCAGUGUGAAAGCCAAUGAAAGUAUUAAACAGCUGGCUGCUAAAAAGGGAAUAAAAAUUAAACUUCACAAUAUCAUCUACAAACUUAUUGAAGACUUGAAAGAUGAACUAAAUAGCAGACUACCCCCAUCUGUGGCAGAGAAUACAAUAGGGGAAGCUUCUGUUCUUGAUGUCUUCUCUGUAACAGUAGGAAAAAACAAAAUUCCAGUAGCUGGAUGCAGAGUACAGAAGGGGCUACUAGACAAAAAAAUGAAAUUCAAGUUAAUCCGUCAUGGGGAUGUUAUUUGGAAAGGAUCUUUAUCAUCACUGAAGCAUCAUAAAGAUGAUGUCCAGGUAAUAAAAACGGGUAUGGAUUGUGGACUGAGUUUGGACAAGUGUAUAGAAUUCAAUAUUGGAGAUGAACUUAUCUGUUAUGAAGAAAAAGAAGUUCAACAGACAACUUCCUGGGAUCCAGGAUUUUAAAAUAUAUUUGAAUACAUUAACAUUAAAGGACAUGUAUUAUUCCUGGCUGGCCUUUAACUCUUAACAUUAAAUGAACUUUCAGAGAU